GUCUGAACAUCUAUAAUAGCCAAACCUGUGUGAACAAGACGUAAACAGAGAAAAACAAAACAAAAAUGGAGACUAGAGAAACAAAACCAGUGAUCUUUCUCUUCACUUUCCCUUUACAAGGUCACUUAAACCCAAUGUUUCAGCUCGCCAACAUCUUCUUCAACAAAGGCUUUUCCAUCACUGUGAUCCACACUGAGUUCAACUCUCCAAAUUUUUCCAAUUUUCCUCACUUCACUUUCGUCUCCAUCCCCGAUGGCUUGUCUGAACCCGAAUCCUAUCCCGAUGUCAUCGAGAUUCUCCAUGACCUCAAUUCCAAGUGUGUUGCUCCUUUUGGUGAUUGCUUAAAGAAGCUUAUAGCUGAAGAACCAUCUGCAGCUUGUGUGAUUGUUGACGCUCUUUGGUACUUCACUCACGAUUUAACCGAGAAAUUCGAUAUCCCGAGGAUUGUUCUUCGAACCGUUAACCUCUCAGCUUUCGUCGCUUUCUCAAAGUUUCAUGUUUUACGAGAGAAAGGGUAUCUUUCUUUACAAGAGACUCAGGCAGACUCACCGGUUCCAGAGCUUCCGUAUCUUAGAAUGAAAGAUCUUCCAUGGUUCCAGACAGAAGAUCCAAGAUCAGGGGAUAAGUUACAGAGAGGUGUGAUGAAGUCACUAAAGUCUUCCUCAGGAAUCAUAUUCAACGCCAUUGAAGAUCUUGAAUCUGAUCAGCUUGAUCAAGCACUCAUAGAAUUCCCAGUUCCACUCUUCUGUAUUGGACCCUUCCACAGAAACGGAACCCUAUCGUCUCCGGGGACGAACCAAACUCUGCUGAGUCGAAUAGAAUCAGCUGCUGAUCAAAAAGCAGCAAUCACUACGGUGCUUGAGCAAUGGAGACAACAACAACAACAACAACAUGGGAAUCAUCAGUUAAACCCUUCGUUGGUGAAAGGUAUCGUCGAGAAGCUCCACGAUUCCAAGAGAUAUCGUCAAGCCCUAGAGGUAUCAAACUGGAUGAUUGAAAAAAAGAUCUGCAAUCACCUACCGGAAGAUCUUGCAGUUCGAUUUCAUCUGAUUGAGAACGUUUUGGGAUUAGAAGAAGCAGAGAAGUUCUUCCAAAGCAUCCCAGAGAAUCUGAAAGGUGAAUCUAUCUACACUGCUCUGUUAAAGAGUUACGCAAAAUCGGGAGAAACAUCUUUACGUAAAGCCGAAUAUACUUUCGAGAAGAUGAGGAAGCUAGGUAUGCUCUUGAGACCAUCACCUUACAACUCCAUGGUCUCACUCUACAGCUCUCUCAGAAACAGAAAUAAGGUCGAUGAUAUUCUUCAAAAGAUGAAGGAGAACAACAUUGAGCUCGAUAGUCCCACCGUGAACAAUGCUUUGCGAGUAUACGCUGCUGUUUAUGAUGUUGCGACAAUGGACAAGUUUCUAGCUGAAUGGAAUGCGAUUACAACGCUUGAGUGGCUCACAACACUUGACAUGGCAAAGGCUUAUCUGAGAGAUGGUUUUAAGGGAAAGGCGAAAGAGAUGCUUCGUAGAACAGAGGAAUUGAAUGAUCCAAAGUCUUAUGAGAGACUCAUAAGACUAUAUGGUGAAGCAGGGGAGAGAGAAGAUGUGUACCGUAUAUGGGACUUAUACAAGAACACAAAAGAGAAGGACAAUGAAGGGUUUCGAGCUUUGAUUGGUUCUCUCUUGAAACUUGAUGACAUCAACGGAGCAGAGAAGAUAUACUACGAUGAGUGGGAGUCCUCUGGUCUUGAGUACGAUGUACGAAUCCCGACUAUGUUGAUGUCUGGUUAUCGCGCAAAGGGAAUGGUGAAGAAGGCAGAUAAACUAUUGUACAAGACUAUGAAGAAUAAAAGAUUGGUUAUAUCGAUUAAUCCAUUUGUAGAGGAAUUGGUGAAAAAUAGAAACCAAGUGAAGCCGUCGGACUUGAGAGACCUCAUCAAGAAUCUGCGUGACUCAAAUCAAUUAUCUAAAGCACUUGAGGCAUCAACAUGGAUGUGUGAAAAAAGGGGCUUUACUCUUUUUCCAGAAGAUUAUGCAAUUAGGUUUCAUCUGAUUGAGAGAGUGUUGGGUUUGGAGGAAGCAGAGAAGUUUUUCGAAAGCAGCAUCCCGAAGAACAUGAAGGAUUACUCUGUCUACGACACACUCUUAACCUCGUACACAAGAUCUGGCAAAACUCUAGACAAAGCGGAAGGCGUUUUCGAGAAGAUGAGAGAGCUAGGUUUCCUCUCAAAACUUUCCCCAUUCAACUCGAUAAUAUCUCUCUACAUUCAGCUUGGAAAACAAGGGAAGGUCAAAAAUCUUCUACGGACGAUGAAGGAGAACAACAUAGAGCAUGAUAGUGUCACGGUAAACAACGUUUUGAGGAUGUAUUCAAACGAAACAGACAUAGAGACAAUGGAAAAUUACAAGAGCGAGUGGGUUAACGCUGAUGGUGAAAAAACCAAGCUAGAAAUGAGGACGAUGGAUGCGAUGGCAAAGGCUUACGAAAGAUCCGGGCUACUACUAAAGGCGAUAGAAGUAACUGGGAGUGAAAAAGAAGUGCACCGUCUAUGGAACAAGUACAAGAAGAAGGCAAAGUCAGAGAUAGAGAGAGAUGUGUUAAGACUAUGGGUAAAGAGAGACGAGAUAAAGAAUGAAGAAUAUCGAAGUGUAAUAAGGUCUUUGUUGAAGCUUGACGAUGUACAAGGAGCAGAGGAGAUAUAUGGAGAGUGGAAACCACAAGGUCCCGAGUUUGACAAUGGAAUACCAUGCUUGCUAAUGUCUCGAUAUUACGAGGAAGAUAAUGAAGUUAAGGCAAGACAAGUAGAGUAUUCGAGUAGACAGAAGCAGAGGCGGAUGCAGUUUAAGCUAUUCAAAGAAGAUUUGAUCGGUUGUGCGGCAGGUUCUAUGCUCAUGGCUUCGGUUCCUCCGUUGAUAGUAUUGUUUUGUGAACAGUACCCCGGUCUAGCCAUUGCAUUCAUUUUCUUGGGUCUGCAACACGCAAAGCGAAUUCUCCUUUACAGUAGCAGGACUCGAUUCUUCUGCUCCGACAUAAACAAAACACUAUGUGCGUCGAACCUAACUCUGCAGGAUAGGAUCGAGUUGGCUUUAGACCAGAAAGCAGGAAUCAUUACAGUGCUUGAGCAAUGGCGACAUCAACAAGGUUGUCGAUUGAAUCCUUCGUUGGUGAGAGGAGUCUUCGUGAAGCUAUGCACUUCCCAGCGACUUCACCAAGCCCUAGAGGUAUCGGACUGGAUGAUUGAACAUAAGAUCUGCAAUCUGGUUCCUGAAGAUUUCUCAGCUAGGUUUCAUCUGAUUGAAAACGUUUUAGGUUUGGAAGAAGCAGAGAAGUUCUUCGAGAGCAUCCCGGAGAAUCUGAGAGGUGAAUCUAUCUACAACUCUCUGUUAAGAAGUUAUGCAAAACGAUCGGAAAAGAAUGAUCUUGAUAGAGCCGAAUUUAUAUUCAAGAAGAUGAGGGAGUUAGGUUUGCUCGUGAGACUUUCACCGUACAGUUCGAUGGUCUCACUCUACAGAUCUUUCGGAAAGAGAGAUAAAGUCGAUGAGAUUCUGCGAGAGAUGAAGGAGAGCAACAUCGAGCUCGAUAGUCUCACAGUGAACAACGUUUUGCGAGUGUACGCUGCUGCAUCUGAUGUGGCAGCAAUGGAGAAGUUUCUGGCUGAUUGGGAAGGAAGUGUAACGCUUGAGUGGCUCACAAUGCUUGACAUGGCAAAGGCUUAUCUGAAUAAUGGUUCUAAGGGAAAGGCGAGAGAGAUGCUUCGUAGAACAGAGGAAUUGAAUGAUCCAAAGUCUUAUGAGGGACUCAUAAGGCUAUAUGGUGAAGCAGGGGAGAGAGAUGAUGUGUACCGUAUAUGGGACUUGUACAAGAACGCAAAAGAGAAGGACAAUGAAGGGUUUCAAGCUUUGAUUGGUUCUCUCUUGAAGCUUGAUGAUAUCAACGGAGCAGAGGAGAUCUACUACAAUGAGUGGCAGUGCUCGCGUCUUGAGUUCGAUGUUCGAAUGCCAAUUAUAAGUAUGGUGAAUAAAAUAUCGGUUAUAUCAGUGACUCCGGUGUUGGAAGAAUGGGAGAAACAGGGUAAUGAAGUGAAGCCAGUGGAUGUUAGAAACCUAAUCAAGGAUCUUUGUGAUUCAAAUAGUUUUUCUAAAGCUCUUGAAGCAUCAUCAUGGAUGGUUAAAAAAAAAGUGUUUAAUAUAUUUGCACAAGAUUAUGCAACUAGGCUUAAUUUGAUUGAGAAAGUGUUGGGUUUGGAAGAAGCAGAGAAGUUUUUCGAAACCAGCAUCCCUGAGAAUAUGAAAGAUUACUAUGUCUACAAUACACUCUUGAGCUGUUAUGCAAGGUCAUCUAGCAACAGUCAAAAUAAAGCUGAAGCCGUUUUCAAGAAGAUGAGAGAGCUAGGUUUCCUCUCACAACUUUCCCCAUUCAACUCGAUGAUAUCUCUCUACACUGAGCUGAGAAAACGAAGUAAGGUCAUGAAGCUUGUAUUGGAGAUGAAGGAGAACAAUAUAGAGCCUGAUAGUGUCACGAUAAACAAUGUUUUGAGAGUUAACGCAUAUUUAUCAGCACUCCAGUCGAUGGAGAAGUUUAAGAGUGAAUGGGAUGGUGAUGGAAAAACCAAGCUUGAAGUAAGAACGAUGGAUGCAAUGGCAGGUGCUUACGAGAGAGCCGGGCUACUACUAAAGGCGAUAUUGAUAGCAGGGAGCAAAAGAGAAGUUUACCGUCUAUGGGAUGAGUACAAGAAGAAGGCAAAGGAUGGGAUUGAAAGAGAUGUGAUGAUUACCUCUUUUUGGAAUGAAGGAUAUCGAAAUGUGAUUAGCUUUUUGUUGAAGCUUGACGAUGUACAAGGAGCAGAGGAGAUAUAUGGAGAGUACUUGGAUCGAUCAAGAGGAGUAGGGUUGUAUGCUCAAAUACCGGGUUUGCUAAUCUCUCGUUAUUCCGAGAAAGGACUCGAUUCUUCUGCUCUAUACACCAACGGAACACUAUCGUCUCCGGCGACGAACCAAACUCUGCAGAGUCGGAUCGAAGCGGCUUCACAUCAGAAAGCAGAAAUUACAACGGUGCUUGAGCAAUGGCUACAACAACAACAACAACAGGGGAAGCAGUUAAACCCUUCGUUAUUAAGAGGAAUCGUCGAGAAGCUCAGAAGUUCUAACCGAGCUCGCCAAGCCCUAGAGGUAACAGACUGGAUGGUUGAACAAAAGAUCUACAAUCUCCCGGAAGACUUCUCAGCUAGAUUUCAUCUGGCUGAGAAGGUUUUUAAUUUGGAAGAAGCAGAGAAGUUCUUUGAGAGCAUCCCGGAGAAUAUGAGAGGCGAGUCAAUGUACAAUUCUCUAUUAAGAAGUUACGCAAGACAGUCCGGGGAAAAAGCUCUGAAGAAAGCUGAAUCUAUUUUCAAGAAGAUGAAGAAGCUAGGGUUGCUCUUGAGACCUUCACCGUACAACUCGAUGACAUCACUCUAUAGCUCUCUCGGAAACAGAGAUAAGGUCGAUGAGAUUCUUCGAGAGAUGAAGGAUAACAACGUUGAGCUCGAUAGUGUCACCGUGAACAACGCUUUGCGAGUAUACGCUGCUGUAUCUGAUGUAGCGACAAUGGACAAGUUUCUAGCUGAUAGGAAAGCGAUUACAAGGCUUGAUGGGCUCACAAUGCUUGAGAUGGCAAAGGCUUAUGUGAGAGAUGGUUCUAAAAAAAAGGCUAGGAGGAUGCUUCAUGAAACAGAGGAAUGGUUGGGUCAUGACUAUAAGGAACUCAUGAGCCUAUAUGGUGAAGCAGGAGAGAUAGAAGAUGUUUACCGUGUAUGGGACAAGUACAAGGCGACAAGAAAGAAGGAUAAUGAAGGAUUUCGAACUUUGAUUGGUUCUCUCUUGAAGCUUGGUGAUAUCAAAGGAGCAGAGAAGAUAUACUACAAUGAGUGGGAGUGCUCCGGUCUUGAGUUUGAUAACCGAAUCCCCGAUAUGUUGGUGUCGGGUUAUCGCGAAAAGGGAAUGGUGAUGAAGGCAGAUAAACUGGUGAACAAGACUUUGUGGAUCAGAGGAUUGGCUAGACCAAUCACUCUGUUGCUGGAAGAAAUGGAUAAAAAGGGGAAUAAAGUGAGCCCGUCGGGCUUGAGAGACCUCAUCAAGAAUCUGCGUGAUUCAAAUCAGUUGUCCAAAGCACUUGAGGCAUCAUCAUGGAUGUGUGAAAAAAAGGUGUUUAAUCUCUUUUCAGAAGAUUAUGCAGCAAGGCUUCAUCUGACUGAGAAAGUGUUGGGUUUGGAGAAAGCAGAGAAGUUUUUCGAAAGCAGCAUCCCGGAGAAUAUGAAAGAUUACUCUGUCUACGAUACACUCUUAAGCUGUUAUGCAAGAUCUAGCAACACUCAAAAUAAAGCUGAAGCCGUUUUCGAGAAGAUGAGAGAGCUAGGUUUACUCUCCAAACUUUCCCCAUUCAACUCGAUGAUAUCUCUCUACAGUGGGCAAGGGAAACUAAGUAUGGUUAAUAUACUUCUAUGUGAUAUGAAGCAUAAGAAUAUAGAGCCUGAUAGUGUCACGAGGAACAACGUUUUGAGAGCAAACGCAUACAUAUUAGCCAUAGACUCGAUGGAGAAGUAUAAUAGAGAGUGGGAUGGUGAUGAUUAUAAAGAAACCAAGCUUGAAAAGAGGACGAUUGAUGACAUGUCAAAGGCUUACGAAAUAGCCGGGUUAAGACUAAAGCCUGAGCUAAUACUAAAAGCGAUAGAGAUAACGGGGAGUGAAAAAGAAGUGCACCGUCUAUGGAACGAGUACAAGGACAAGGCAAAAACAGAGAUAAGUAAUGAAGGAUAUCGAAUUAUGAUAAGCUCUUUGUUGAAGUUUGACGAUGUAAAAGGAGCUGAGGAGAUGUAUGGAGAGUGGCAACCACAAGGAUCAGAUUUCGACACUCGAAUACCGUGUUUGCUAAUCUCUCAUUACAGCAAAGAAGGUGAUGAAGUGAAGGUAAGAAAUGUGGUGGAAUCGAGUAGAAAGAAGCAAAAACAGAUGUACUUUGAAACGUUAAUCGUGAGAGCUUUGGACGAUGUGACGCCCGAAGUCACGAGCAUGUGGCUUGGUUCUAGUAAAUAACCGGAGGAUCAUCAUUGUCCAAUCAUCACAUUGCCACCAAUUUUGUUGUAUGUUCCAUUUUAAUAUGAGGAUAUGCUAAGAUAAUGUUUCUAUUUAUUCAUCAUAUUUUUUACAAUGUAAUUUUACAGAAAAUUUAAUGCUCUGUUAUUUAAAUUCUGGAUAUAAGAUGGAUCUAAAUCUUGUAUGUGUACAGCCUGGAAACAGAUCUUGACAUAAAAUUCUAAUGAGCAU